UUUCUUUAUUUUUUUUUGGCUUGGUGAGGUUGGGGGUGUGGGAAGGCAUCUUGCCAGCGAGGAAGUUGAAGGAUCGAAGCUUUCCAUGAAAGGGAAAGCGGGAGAGAGAAAGAGAGAGAAGGAGGGGUCAAAGCUGGCAUUUUUCCCUCUUCGGUUUUUGGGGGAGUUGGGUCUCGCCCUUAUUAAUGCCUCCGAUUGGAAGUGAGAGAGGAGUGAAAUCCUAGAGAGAGGUGUGGGGUUUUUGAGCUUUGCUUUGUGUUUUUGGAUUGGAGAGGGGCGGGAAGGUGAUGCUUUGGGGACAAUGUCGGGCUCGCCUUCUCUGUCCGCGGAGAAGAAGCACUGGUGGCUGAGCAACAGGAAGAUCGUCGACAAGUACGUCAGAGACGCCCGAUCCCUCAUUGCGACGCAGGAGCCAUCCGAUGUCUCCGCCGCCGUGGCCCUCCUCGACGCCGCCCUCGCCCUCUCCCCGCGCUUGGAGGUGGCGCUGGAGCUUAAGGCCCGAUCCCUCCUCUUCCUCCGCCGCUUCCGGGAGGUGGCGGACAUGCUCCAGGAUUACAUCCCCGGCUACAAGAUGGCUCCCGACGACGACGACUCUUCCUCCCUCGGCUCCUCCUCCGCCGACCGCUCCGCCUCCCACCCCCUCUCCCGGGAGCGCGCCAAGCUUCUCGCCCCCCACCGCGAGCGCUCCGAUGGCUGCCGCUCGCUCCGCUGCUUUUCCGUCUCCGACCUCAAGCGCAAGUUUCUCGCCAGCCUCUCCAAGAGUUGCGAGAAGGAAGGCCAGUGGAGGUAUUUGGUUUUGGGCCAGGCCUGCUGCCAUUUGGGCCUGAUGGAGGACGCCAUGGUUCUCCUCCAGACCGGCCGCCGCCUCGCCUCCGCCGCCUUCCGCCGCGAAAGCGUCUGCUGGUCCGACGACAGCUUCACCUUCUCCACUGCCCGCUCCUCCGUCUCCGCCGCCACGUCCUCCACCCCUCCCCCGCCACCCACCCCUCCGCCAUCCGAGUCCGAGUCCGCCUCCCACCUUUUAACUCAUAUCAAGCUCCUCCUCCGCCGCCGGGCCGCCGCGCUGGCCGCCCUGGACGCCGGCAUUCCCGCGGAGGCCGUCCGCCACUUCUCUAAGAUCCUCGACAGCCGCCGGGGCGUCCCCCAAGCAUUCGCCGCCGCCUGCUUCAUCGGCCGCGCUGCCGCCUACCGCGCUGCCGGCCGCCUCGCGGAUGCCAUCACCGACUGCAACCGCGCCCUCGCCCUCGACACGACCUCCAUCCCUGCCCUACGCGCUCGCGCCGACCUCCUCGAAUCCGUCCGGGCUCUCCCGGACUGCCUCCGGGACCUCGACCACCUCAAGCUCCUAUAUGACUCCAUUCUCCGGGACCGCAAGCUCCCAGGCCCCCCGUGGAGGCCCCACAACGAUGUCCGCUACCGCGACAUCCCAGCCUGCCACCGAGCUCUCACCGCUCGAAUUCAGCAGCUCCGAGGUCGGGUGGCGGCGGGGGAAGGAUCCAACGUGGACUACUAUGCAUUAAUUGGUGUCCGGCGGGGUUGCACACGGUCGGAAUUGGAGCGCGCCCACCUAUUGCUCUCAUUGAAGCACAAGCCCGACAAGUCGGCGGGGUUCAUCGACCGGUUGGAGUUCGCCGACGAUUACCGGGAUUUAGAUGAAGUCAAAGACCAAGCCAAGAUGUCAGCUUUGAUACUCUAUAGGAUGUUACAGAAGGGGUAUGCUAGCAUUAUGGCGGCAGUGAUGGAUGAGGAGGCUGCCGAGAAGCAGAGGGCCAAGGAGGCGGCCGCCGCCGCCGCCGCCGCCGCGGCAGCGGCGAUACAAGCAGCGGCGGCAACAACGGUUGUGUCGGGAUCGGAGAAGGUGAAGGCAGAGAGGGGUUCGGGUUCGAAGGAGUGCGGCGUUGGUGCGGAGAAGGCGGCGCCGGUGUCGGCGUUCCAAGGGGUGUUCUGCCGGGACAUGGCGGUGGUGGGAAGCUUGCUGUCGCAAGUGGGGUUCAACAGGGCGAUUCCGGUGAAGUAUGAGGCGCUGAGCUGCUGAAGAUGCCAUGGAGGGAAGGAGAGGGGGAUGGGAUAUGAAUUGUUGGGUAAUAAUGUACAGGGGGAAUUGGGAGGGAAAUUUUGUCAAAGUCUCUUGUUACAGUGCAGCUAGUUUUCUCUUUUGGCUUCUUUAGUUUAGCUGUUCUUUUCUACUGUCAAUGAAGUCUAUUGUUGUUAUAA